CAUGCUCAACAGGAAGCCGGCGUCGCUGAAGCGCGCGUUCGAGCGGCGGCAUCCGCAGGUGGCGGGGGAGGCGGACAGCGCGCUCUACGCCAGCAAUCUGCUGCUUUUCGCGCUCCACCGCGCCCUCCGCGCCUGCACCCUGCGCACCGCGCUCGCCGCCUCCAAGACCGUACCACUGGACCAACUUCUGUACCGCAGCAUAACCACCUUCGCCACUCUGCACCGCAUGCACCUCGAGGCCCAGCAGCAGCAGCAGCGCACGCGGCGGCAGGCGUCCAGCAAGGGCGCGGCGGGGGGCAGGGGAGCGCCGCCCAGGCCGCCGUCCAUGGGGCUCGAGCAGCAGCACGUGCAGGCGGGUGGUGGCGAGGAGGAGAGCAGCGCGGACAAGGAGAGGGCGGCGCAGGCGGAGGCGAUGGCGCUGGGGUUCACGCGGGUGGCGCCACUGCUGGGCGAGCUGGCCACGCCUGCCACGGCGGCCUGCCUGCACCACCACCUCGCCUUCACCCGCGCUGCCAACUCGCCCUCCGCCCAGCCUCCCCCCUCGGGCCUCUCUGCUGACCGCAUGCACCAGUUCGUGGCGGCCGUGGCGCACGAGCAUGCGGCGAUGGGCAAGCGCACGGGGGUGGUGGCAGCAACAUUGGGGUUGCAGGAGAGGGAGGUGGUGGUGGCGGAGAGUGACGCCACGCUCUACAUCGAUGCACCGGGGGCGCCCAAGACACUCGUGGGCCAUGGCCGCCUCUACCUCACCCCGCUCGCCCUCUACUUCCAGGCAGACGCCACGGGCUUUCUGCGCACGGUGGCGGGCAGGGUGGAGCGCUUUGACCUGGCAGCGGUGGGGGCGGAGGCGGCGGUGGCAGCGGUGGCGCCGGACGCUCUCGCCCUCAACGUCUUCUCCAUGACGCGCUCCCUCGCCCUCUCCUCCCGCCUGCAGGCGGCAUGGACGGUGGAGUUCAUCGAGUACAAGCUGCAGCGCCAGCGCGACCUCUGGCAGGCGCUGCUGGGGGAGGUGCUCGCGCUGCACGCCUUCCUUGCUGACUACCGCCCUGCGCCCACUGAGGUGCUGCCAGCUGGCACGCAGGAGGGGGAGGAGGAGUAUGAUGACGAUGAGCUGAGUGAUGACGUCAGCGAUGAUGAUGAGGGGGAGGUGGAGGAUGAGGAGGGGGAAGAGGGGGAGGGGAGUGAGGAGGGGAAGGAGGAGGCGGAGAAGCCAUCACUGGAGGUGUUGCUGGUGGAGGAGGGCAGCCAGCAGGCCGUGUGGAUGAUGGUCAACGCCGUGCUGCAGCUGCAGGCUCUGCAAACGGUCAUCGGCAGCACGCCAGCGCACCCGUGCCGCGUGCUGCCCUUCUCGUGGGCGCGCACCGUGCCCGAGGGUCAUCUGGUGGAGCAGGCGCUCGCGCUGCUGCUGUGGGGCCCGCAGCGCCUGCCCGCCCUGCGCACCGCCAAGUGGUCCGCCAAGCGCCUCGCGCUGCUGCUCAAGGGGGGGCGGGGAAAGGAGGGGGAUGGCGGGGGGAGGGGGGGAACGGUGAUGGGAGAGGCGUGGGCCGGCACUGCUGGGGGGCUCAGACCUCUGGGGCGGUCGGCUUCCUGGAAGCUUCAGUCGUCAGUGUCGUUCUGGAAAGGGAGGGAGGCGGGCGGGUCGAUGGCGAGUGAGGGAUCGGUGGGGGGUGGGGAGGAGGAGGAGGACGAGGUGGAGGAGGAGGAGGAGGAGGAGGAGAAGAGGGGGUUUGGUGAUCGCAUUCAGAUGAAGCUGGAGAAGGCUGUGCGCGUGGCGAGGGAGAGGGAGGAGCUAGCAGACAGGGCGCAGGCAACAGUGGAGGGGUCGCUCAUUGACGACAUCCCCAGCAACGUCACUCUCCUCCUGCAUCUGCUGCGGCCGGUGUACAGCGGGGUGCGGGCGGCGGUGGACAUCAUUCAGUGGAAGGAGCCGCUCGCCACCAUCCUCGCCGCCAUGCUCAUGCUCUUCCUCCCCCUUGCCCCAACUCUCUGUUCUCCUGGCCCUGCUUCUGCCUCUCCUGUCCGUCUUCUUCCCCAUUCCAAUGGUUCCCUCCAUUCCAAUGGUUCCCUCCAUUCCAAUGGUUCCCUCCAUUCCAAUGGUUCCCUCCAUUCCAAUGGUUCCCUCCAUUCCAAUGGUUCCCUCCAUUCCAAUGGUUCCCUCCAUUCCAGGGGAUACUUCUGGCUGCUGCCGGCGCUGCUGCUGCUGCUCCUCGCCGCCAUCAUCAUCUUCUAUCGCCUCACCAACCCCUCCUCGCCGCCGUCACAACCCUCCUCUCUCCCUCACGGCCCUGGCUCCCCCAAGUCCACAGCCUCACAGGUAGCCCCCGGCAGCCCCGCCCUGGCCUCCUCGCCGGCGCCACCAGCGUCAGCAGCAGCGGGGGGGCGGUGGGGCAGGGGGGGCGGGGCGAUGCGGCUGCUGGUGGUGGAGAUGGAGCCGACGCCCACGACGAUGGCGCAGGUGCUGAUGGUGAAGGACGGCAUCGCGGCGGCGCUCACUGUCUUCCAGCGCAUCAACGUCGCGCUGCUCAAAGUUCGCAGCAUCUUCCAGUCCGCCGAGCCACAGUCUCACAUGCACCUGCUGCCUUUCCCCUUCUCCACUCAACUGUUCGUGGUUGGACUUUGGACCGAUGGUUUGCACUCAUCACCCCUUCACCUGUGCAUCACCCCUUCACCUGUGCAUCACCCCUUCACCUGUGCAUCACCCCUCCCCCUGUGCGUCACCCCUCCCCCUGUGCAUCACCCCUUCCCCCAACAGCUAUCGGACAAGGUGCUGCUGCUGCUGCUGGCAGGGGCAGCAGCGGCUGUGGUGGUGCCGCUGCUGGUGCCGGCGCGGGUGAUUGGCACGGUAGCAGUGCUGCACCUCUUCUCCGCCUACUUCAACUUCCAGAAGCAGAAGGGCGGCCCGCAGACCUCCUCCCUGGGCCACAAGCUGCGGCGCUGGUGGCAGCUCGUGCCCGUUCCCCCCGUCAGGGUCGUCGUCGCCGGCUCUGGUGGCGACAAGGUGAAGUGA